AGCUUUUUUGUUGACCUUCGCCGCCUUGCUUGAGCUCGCCUGGUUUUUACCUACUUCUGGAUGAAGGUCUUUCAUUCGUCCGGAUAUUCUUUCAUGGUCUAACUGAAGGUUGCAUUAUUAUGGGAUGGUUGUUUGACCCAGCAGGACAGUCCAUGACAACAAAUCUUUCGACGGCUAUCUAAAAGAAACUACAGGUCUUUUUCCGCCUACAGUGCCCCCUUGUGGUGGUUUUGUGCUGCUGCUGUAGACGUCGUACACCCGGAAGUAAACCGUGAGGUCGUCAUGGGGAGCAAAGUCAGCUCCAAAAUGGCAGCUCCCACCGCCAGAGUAAUUCAGGCUGUACGGCCACAUGCUCCUUUGAUCAAGUUCCCCAACCGGCAGGACAUGCCAAGGCCCAAUGUCGGAGAGGCAUUGAAAUUGAUAGGUCUUAACGUUUCACAACACAACGCUCCCAGUUCACCUUCAGCUUCAGCACCGCCUGCGUUGUCCAGACCUCAAGUACUUUCCACUCCUAUCCCGGGAACGCCGGACACACUGGCCUCCAUCCAGCAGCUGCCUGCCAGGUACCGCAGGAGACCGUUAACGCUGGAUGAGAUGGACUACAUUCAGCGUGGUGGACCCGAGUGAAAAGUCUCUGCAGCCAAAGGAAGAUGAGUCUCUGUCUUUAUUCUCCUCGUCAACACAACCCCAAUGCUACGAGAUUUGUAGAAUAAAGUAUUACAUGAAUCCUGUUGCAAUGUAUAUAAUGUUUAUUUUAAAUAAUUACAAUGUAUUCUAAGUUCACACUAAAGGCUAGUUUCAUUGUAAUACACAAACAAGCCAUAAUAGCUUUUUUUUUUCUUAUUAAAUUUAGCCAUAACAGCAUUGGAACCAGCUUGGAUUUGAAAUGAUCAUGAUUAUUUAAUUUUGUUGAAGCUACACAUGAAUUGCAACCACCCAGAAAUACAAGCAGGAAAUUCAAGUGAUGGAAAUAAACGGACAUCAUCUGUUUUUUUUUUUUUUUUUUUUUUUUUAACAAAGCAGGGGAAAUUUAGAAAAAGUGCUUCAUAAUUCAAAUUCAUUCUUGAAACUGUUGUUCAUGUGAACCGCUGGAUUUAAUGGAUUAAAAAUAAUUCAUUUC